AUGCCUACGGGCACCACCCCGCAAUGUGUCCGUAUCGCCACACCAGUCGGCGCAGAUGCGCCAGAUGAGGUACGUCCUAGAUGCCCCGGACGCGUCACUUUCACAGACAGCAUCAGCGUAGGUCCAUACUGCCACUAUAGACAUGCUCAACACUAUUGCGAGGUCGAUCAGGCAUCUAUCAAAGACAAUGAAAUUUUGGAUGGUCCCGCAAAUACUCUGGUCAUGAAUACAUUAGCACACUAUGCGUUCGAUAGCUUUACGUGGUGCCUGCAGCCUACCGAGACUCUGAUUUGCUACGUAAUCAAGACAUACCAUACCGUGCUUAAGCAGGCCGGCGCACGGCACAUCUCCAAACACGUCACCUUUCACGAUCACAGCGGCGACUUUCCCCGUCCAAUCGCCGUCGAUACCCCAGGGACGCGACCGUCGUUACCCGGACACUCAGGCCGGUCGGACACGAGAGUAGACUUGCCAAACACCCCUUUGUUGCGACUGCAUGCCGCAUUGACAAGCGUCCUCCGCAUGAGUGGAGCAGCAGAGGUGUUUGAUAUUGUCCUCAAGGCACGUUCUCAAUCGAACGAGCCUGUGGCACCAUACGCUUCAGGUUCUACCUUCUGGCAAUCCGUGGUCGCAUACGAUGGCUCGGAAGUGUGCUUGGAAGCGGAAUUAUAUGACUAG